AUGUCCGACAACUCCCAAAUUGGUCCCUCGGCACCCCUCCUCCCACCAGGCCACUCUCGCCCCUCCCCCUCGCAACCAGACUCAACCAGACGCGCCGCCCGCCAUGUCCACCAUUUCCGCCGCAGAGGCAGAGUCCUGCUCUCCUCCCGCAAGAAGCACUUCCUCGUCAUGUUUGUCGUGACGCUCGAUGUAAUGGCCCUGCUGGCCAACGUAUUCAUCCAGCUGAUUGCCUGUGAGAUGCACCAGAAUGACGAGGAGUGGGUGAAGCGGGUAACAAAGGGGUUGGAAACCGCCGGGUUGGUCUUUAGUUGUUUGUUCAUGGUUGAAUUGGCGGCCUGUUUGUUCUCAUUUGGCUUUGAAUAUCUUGCUUCGUGGUUUCACUUCUUUGACUCUGCUGUCAUUGUGGUGAGCUUUGUUAUUGAUAUUGCUUCCCAGGGUCUUGCUGAGUCUAUUGGGUCUCUUGUUGUGGUGCUGCGUUUGUGGCGAUUGGCCAAGAUAUCUGAGGAGGUUGUCAUGGGUGCUACGGAGAGAUUGGAAAUAUUAGAGCAACAGAUGGAUGAACUGGAACAUGAGAAUCGGGCGUUGAGACAUCAGCUGGGCAUAGAAUCCCACGAGCACUCCGGUCAUGAGUAG